GCGGUUCAUUCUUGCAAAGUAUUGGCAUCGUCCUCUUGCAAAUCAAUACAAAUUUGAAAAAAAUCUAAAAAUUGCUCAACGGCAACGGCAACGGCAACGGUAUAGUAGAACAAAUAAACAACAAAAAUAAAUGGGAGAAGCAUCCAAUAAUUUUUGGGAAGUAACCUAACAAACCAUGGGUACACAAACCAGAAGUAACCAACAAACCAGUCUUGUGACAACCAAGAAGGAAAAAUACCUAUUGCAACAGUCUACAAAGCAGCGAUCUUCUCUGGGACAAGUCUACAAGAAUAUGAUUCUUACACGAUUUGAGUUCCAAAAUUAUAGAAUCCUAUGUAAUAGGCCGUUUUAAAUUAUAUAUUACAACAUUUACAACAUACAGUAGUAUUUAUGUUUAUCAUCUGCAGAAUCAUCCUCAUCAAUAUUGUAUGAAGACAAAUUGUUGUGUGGUUUGUCACGCCAAUGGGAACCUAGGAACAGAUUGGAACUCUUUGGAACUCGUCUCAGUUAUCCGUGGGGCACAAUGGCAUACGCACCAGCAGCCAUCCAAUCGUUUCUUCAACUCAAUCACAAACGCUCGCUGUUCACGCUGCUAACAGUCGGUCAGGUGUUUGGGCUGGUGGCAUGGGACUUAGAACCUUUGGAACCGGACCGCCCAACAACCAAGUUGCAUUGGUUCCGGAAACUGAUUCGUGUCGCCAAUCAAGGUUACUGUCUUAUGAUCAUCGUUGCAAUCGGUACGGCAACAGUUCUUCAUCAUUCCUCCAACACUGCGAACGCGUUUUUCGCCAUCCGAACGCUGUACCUGACAGAGAAUGUGAUCGUGAACGUGAUCGUUUUGCUCGCGAUGCUCGAAUGUCAGCAGAGUCGCCCAUUUUACGCCUCUAUUUUUAAGGAGCUUUUUAAGCUCGGCAAGAAUUUGCACGACUGUGAUGCGUCGAUCAACUUUUCCCAUGUAGAAGCGAUUACCGAUCGGCUGCUCGUCUGUGCCGUGCUGUACUUUUCCACCUCUUCGCUGGUGGACUGGUUGGCCGAUUACGACCCUUCCUGCACCUUCCUGUGCCACAGCGUGCUGUACAUUCUGCCGAACGUGAUCAACGUGCUGGCGCUCUACCAGUACGCCGCGCUGCAGCUGAUCUUUGCCGCGUGCUAUCGAUCGGUUAAUAGCGUGCUAGCCAGAUACCACGAUCAUCAAGCCCGCCCGAAAGUGCGCGAUUGUGCUGAACUGGUUGAGACACUGCGAAGGAUACACCUGAAGCUGGGUGAUCUAACCAGUCGGGUAGUGGGACGGUUUGGGCCACUCAUCGUCUGCACCGUGCUGUCCUCGUUCGUCGUACUUAACCUGGAGCUGUUUAACGUGUACAAGGCUACUGGCAGGGGCAGCAAACGGGUUUGGAGUGCGAGUGAAGGGUUUCGGCUGGUGCACACGCUGCUCUGGAUAGGGCUGCACGGUGCCAAGAUAUUGCUCAUUCUCUACCCAGGCCACCGGGCACGGGUGGAGUGUGCACGGACCGGACCGACACUGUACGAGAUCGCGAGUCGGUACGAAGCAGCCGGAAGGAGCAACAGUGCGCUGAUGAAGUUCGCUGGCCAACUGCUGCUGCUACACGGCAAACGGCACCACUGUAAGGCAUGCGGGCUGCUAACGCUUGACUUAACACUCAUUAGCAAGAUAGUAGCCGGACUUACCACGUAUUUGAUGAUUCUGAUCCAGUUUGAUUCAGCCUUUACCCAAGGUUCGCGCUGA